AUGCGUUGGGGGCUGCGCCCUCGCGGACCCGGGGCGGCAGCGUUGGCUGCGGCCCGGAAUCUCUGGGGCCUGCCCCGAUUUCCCUGUCGCCCAGGGUGGCGCGGAACGACCUGGAGGCUCCAGGGGCGGUCAGUCGCCGGGGCUAGUAGUCAGUUACCGAACUCGAAUAGCAACAAAUACCGGGACACGGUGUUGCUGCCUCAGACCAGCUUCCCCAUGAAGCUGCUGGGCCGUCAGCAGCCCGACACAGAGCUGGAGAUCCAGCAGAAAUGUGGAUUUUCAGAACUUUACUCAUGGCAAAGAGAAAGAAAGGUCAAGACAGAAUUUUAUCUUCAUGAUGGACCUCCUUAUGCAAAUGGUGAAGCUCAUGUUGGGCAUGCUUUAAAUAAGAUUUUGAAAGAUAUAACCAACCGAUAUCAUAUGAUGAAAGGUUCCAAAGUACAUUUUGUGCCAGGUUGGGAUUGUCACGGCUUACCCAUAGAGAUAAAAGUAUUAUCUGAACUUGGUGAAAAAGCUCAGAAACUCUCAGUUGUGGAAAUAAGAGAGAAAGCCAGAGCAUUUGCAAAAGCAGCCAUUGAGAAACAGAAAUCAGCAUUUACUCGUUGGGGAAUAAUGGCAGAUUGGAAUAAUUGCUACUAUACAUUUGAUAAAAAAUAUGAGGCCAAACAGUUGAGACUUUUCUAUGACAUGUAUGAGAAGGGAUUGGUUUAUCGAGAUUACAAACCUGUAUUUUGGUCUCCCUCAUCAAGGACUGCUUUAGCUGAAGCAGAACUUGAGUACAAUCCUGAUCAUGUCAGUCGUUCUAUAUAUGUAAAAUUUCCUGUUUUGAAACCACCUCCUGGAUUGGCAUCUCUUUUAGAUGGCUCAUCUCCGGUUAAUGUCUUAGUCUGGACUACACAGCCUUGGACAAUUCCAGCCAACCAGGCUAUUUGUUUUAUGCCAGAGGCAAAAUAUUCCAUUGUGAAAUGUUCCAGUUCUGGUGAUGUCUACAUUUUGGCAGAGGACAAAAUAACAUCUGUUGCUUCUGCAUUGGGAACAAAAUUUGAGGUUAUUUCAACAUUUUUAGGUGCAGCUUUGGAAAAUGGUACUUGUACUCAUCCCAUCUUUUCUGAUAAAGCUUCCCCUCUUUUACCUGCAAGUCAUGUGACCAUGACAAAAGGAACUGGAUUGGUCCACACAGCCCCAGCUCAUGGUAUGGAAGAUUACAGUGUAGCUUCUCAGCACAACUUGUCAAUGGAUUGUUUAGUGAAUGAAGAUGGGAAUUUCACAGAUGCUGCAGGUCCUGAGCUUCAAAACAAGACUGUCCUUGAAGAAGGAACUGAUGCGGUUAUAAAGAUACUUCAGGCAGCAAAGAAUUUGUUGAGAGAGGAAAAGUGGGUACACAGCUAUCCCUAUGACUGGAGGACUAAGAAACCAGUGGUUAUUCGUGCCAGCAAACAGUGGUUUGUGAAUAUCAUGGACAUUAAACCCACUGCCAAGGAAUUGUUAAAAAAGGUGAAAUUUUUUCCUGGAUCAACAAUGAAUGCUAUGAUUGACAUGAUGGAGAGGCGGCCCUACUGGUGUAUAUCAAGACAGAGAGUCUGGGGUGUUCCAAUUCCUGUUUUUCACCAUAAGACAAAAGAAGAAGAAUUGAUCAACAGCCAAACCAUUGAGCAUAUUAUUAAAAUGGUAGAAGAACAUGGCAGUGAUAUAUGGUGGACUCUUCCCCCUGAGCAGCUCCUUCCAAAAGAAGUCUUAUCUCAGGUUGGUGGUCCUGAUGCCUUGGAAUAUAAACCAGGUCAGGAUAUUUUGGACAUCUGGUUUGAUAGUGGAACUUCCUGGUUUCAUGUUCUUCCAGGAACUGAUCAAAGAGCAGAUUUAUACUUAGAAGGAAAAGAUCAACUUGGUGGUUGGUUUCAGUCUUCUUUAAUAACAAGUGUUACUGAGUCUUAUAAACAGUAUGAUUUUGGGAAGGUUGUGCGGCUGUUAAGAGCAUUUUAUACUAGAGAACUCUCUAACUUUUAUUUCAGCAUCAUCAAAGAUAGGCUGUACUGUGAACAUGAAAAUGAUCCCAAACGACGCUCUUGUCAGACUGCAUUAGCUGAAAUUUUGGAUGUAAUAGUUCGUUCUUUUGCUCCCAUUCUUCCUCACUUGGCUGAAGAGGUGUUCCAGCACAUACCUUAUGCUAAUGAACCCAAGAGUGUUUUCCGUACUGGGUGGAUUAAUAUAAGUUCCAUAUGGAAGAAACCAGGAUUGGAGGAAGCAGUAGAGAGCGCAUGUGCUAUGAGAGAUUCGUUUCUUGGAAGCAUCCCUGGCAAAAAUUCAGCAGAGCACCAAGUUACCAUUGUCAUAGAGCCUGGACUGCUUUUCGAGAUAAUGGAGAUGCUACAAAGUGAGGAGACUUCUAGCACUUCCCAACUGAAUGAAUUAAUGAUGGCUUCUCAGACAACUUUACUCAGUCAAGAACCGCGAGAGAGAACUGCAGAUGCAAUUGAGCUUGCAGGAACAUUCUUAAUCAACUUAGAAGGUGGUGAUAUUCGUGAAGAGUCUUCAUAUAAAGUAUUUGUCAUGCCAACCACAAAAGAAAAAUGCCCUCGUUGUUGGAAGUACACUGCUGAGUCUUCAGACACACUCUGCCCCCGUUGUGCAGAAGUUGUUGGUGGGAAGUAG